CUGUUCUCUUUGGUUGCUUCACACUUCCUGUCAUAUGGGUGGAGUCUCUCCAUCCAGAUAGUGUUCAACGCAACAGUCAACCACAGACGAGAGCUGCAUCUUCCUGUUACUGGAAAUGGAUCAGUGUUUGCUGUUUCUUGUGCUCCUGCUGAUGGGAAAUGGAUUGUGUCAACAAGAGGAAGUUUGCUCAAAGUCUGUGAUCAACUCCUGCGAUGACUGUAUCAGAUCUGGGCCAUACUGUGUGUGGUGCCAACAGCUGAAUUUCACCAAAGCCGGUGAGCAGGAGGCAGCACGCUGUGACACCCAAGCUCAAUUAAUAGAGAGAGGCUGCAAGAGGGAAGAAAUCGUCUCCCCUAAGAAUAAUCUAACCAUUGUCAAGAAAGAUCCUCUGUCCACGUCAUUCAAUCAGCAGGAGCCUGUCCAGCUGAGUCCACAGAAGAUUAGUCUGAGACUGCGACCUGGGCUUUCUACCACAUUCACGGUUUCUUUUAAAAGAGUUCAGGGUUAUCCAGUUGAUCUCUACUACCUGAUGGACCUGUCUUACUCCAUGAAAGAUGACUUGGCAAAUGUCAAAGAACUGGGAAAAGAUCUUUUUGAAGCUCUGAAAAAUAUCACUGCAAAUGCUCAAAUAGGGUUUGGUGCCUUUGUCGAUAAAACAGUCCUUCCUUACACUAACACCAACAAGGAGAAACUGCAGAAGCCAUGUGAUGAGAAUGACCAGCAGUGUCAGGCUGCCUUUGGCUACAGACAUGUGCUUAGUAUGACACCAAAAGAAGAGGAGUUCAAAAGAAAAGUGACAGAGCAGUUCAUUUCUGGGAACUUGGACUCUCCGGAAGGGAGUCUUGAUGCCAUGAUGCAGGCUGCAGUAUGUGGGGACAAAAUAGGUUGGAGGAACAGCAGCACUCGGCUGAUUGUGCUGACCACUGAUGCUGGAUUCCACAUGGCCGGGGAUGGAAAAUUGGCCGGCAUACUGGAACCCAAUGAUGAACAUUGCCACAUGGAAAACAACCUUUAUACCAAGAGCAUUGAGAUGGACUAUCCAUCUGUUGGACAACUAGCUAUGCAGUUAGAAAAAAACAAUAUUCAGCCGAUAUUCGCAGUGACAAAAAAUGUGGAGAUUGUGUACAAGCAUCUCUCUAAAAUGAUUCCAAAAUCAGAGGUGGGAGUUCUGUCAUCAGAUUCUAAAAAUGUUGUUCAAUUGAUUGAAAGCGCCUACAAUAGGUUGUCCUCCAAAGUAACUGUGACCCAUGACAAUCUCCCUGACAAUGUAAGAGUUGUCUACACCCCUAAAUGCAAUCAUGCAGGACCAGCAGGAGACAGCGAAGGGGUUUGUGACAAUGUACAUGUGGGACAGGAGAUUUCUUUUGAUGUCACUGUGACAGCGGACUCAUGUAUGAAGGACAAGUCUUUCACUAUCAGACCACUGGGCAUUAAAGACACAUUGACAGUCACCUUAUCUACAAACUGUGAGUGUCAAUGUGAUGAUCCCCAUGACAGUAGCCACCCACACUGCAAUGGCAAGGGAAGAGUCACUUGUGGUAUUUGCAGCUGCAGUGAAAGCUUUGUCGGUCAGUUCUGUAAGUGCUCCAUUGGCGAUAAAGACGAGCGCUCCCUGCGAGCUUCCUGUCAGAGGCAGAAUGGCACUGAGUGUGAGGGUCGAGGAGACUGUGUGUGUGGCAGGUGCCAGUGCCACACCACAGUGAGUGGAAGCAAUUACCAUGGCGACUUCUGCGAGUGCGACGAUGAACACUGUGAGAAGUUCCAGAAUAAACUAUGUGGAGGACACGGUAAAUGCAACUGUGACAGAUGUGAAUGCAAUCCAGGCUACGAGGGCUCAGCCUGUCAGUGUACGGUGUCUGAGAAUGCCUGUCGUACCCUUAACAACACCAUAUGCUACGGCAGAGGGACCUGCAAGUGUAACCGCUGUGAGUGUAAGGAGGGAUACCAGCCUCCACUAUGCGAGACAUGCCUCGGCUGCCCUGACCUUUGCAAGACCAAAUUGAACUGCAUUGAAUGCCUCGGCUUUAAUUCAGGUCCAUUUAAAAAAAACUGCAGUGUGGCUUGCAACAAGAGCAUUUAUCCUGACAUGGUAGACCAGUUCACCAUACAAAGCAAGCAGUGCCAGCAGAAGGACACAGAGGGCUGCUGGAUCAAAUUUAGGCUAGAACAGUUGGUCGGAGAGGAUAACUACAGGGCUGAAAUUCUGAAACAGAGAGACUGUCCGGAACCACCCAGCGUCACAGCUAUUAUCGGAGGCUCCAUUGUGUCUGUGGCUCUCAUUGGCAUCAUUCUGCUGAUGAUCAUCAAGUUAUUAAUCUACAUAAAGGACUUGAAAGAGUGGAGGAAAUUUGAAAAUGAAAAGAAGAAAUCUAAGUGGGCAGAGGCUGACAACCCACUGUUCCAGAAUGCCACCACCACUGUGUCCAACCCAACCUUCACUGGGGAGUGAGGGCACAGCGAGAGUUCAGUACAUCUCUGUUGUAUCUAAAUUAUGACAGUAUGUUAGAAAGUAUAAUUUGUAAUGCUCAUAUAUAUUUGCAAAUGUCCACAUUCACAGAUUUAUUUUCCAGCAUUAAUGCUGACUUGCUUACUUUCUUAAUAAUGAAUUACUGUCAUUUACUGUCUACACACGAUUGCAGUUGCAUUAUAUUUGUUUACUUAUUAUUCCAAAAAUGAUGCACAUUUAUGCUCUUUGCUUAUAAUAAUUUCAUGAGAUAUUGUAAUGUAGUAGAGCUUAUAAUGUACACAGUUUAUAGUGGUACAGUAUGUAUAGGAUGGGCAGAAUAUAAUGAUGUAACACAUACAUACACUGGAUGUAUCAUAAGAACAUUGAUACACAUUAUAUAGUUCAAAGCACUGUUUUUCUCUUCAUGUGGCACAUAAUUUUAGUGAUUGCUAAAAUGAUUUCUUCUAUAUGUAUGUCUUUAAAAUCUAAUUUGAAUUGGAAAUGAAUUGAAUGAAGAUCAGAAAUAAGACGGUGUAGUCCCUCAUUCGUCCAAGAGUGUUCUAUCGUAGAAAAGGUUUCAGUCGUAGUCAUCUGGACACUGUUUUCAGAAUCAAGACUCCCAUUUUCGGCUCCCAUCCAGAAGUCAUUCUCAAUUGUGAAAAAUGGACCGGGAACUGGUCAACGUCUUGAUUCUGAAAAAACAGUGUCCAGAUGACUAUGACUGAAACCUUUUCUACGAAAGGUCAGAAAGUUAACCAUUUUCAAAAUGUGUUCUUAUUUUAAAUGUCAUGAGGGCUAAAAUAAGAUUUAAAGCUGCAGUAAUUGAUGUUUCUGGCAAACAGACAAUAAAUCCAAUAGUUGCUCUGG